UCACAUUCCUUCACUAUCAUAAUUCAUAUACACUACUCAUCACCAAAUUUUUUUUUUUUUCAUAUACACUAUAUUAUAUUCCAGCAUAACUAGCUAGCAAUAUGGCACUUCCAUUACCAUUUAUGUUACUUCUACUAUUCCUUGCACCUUCCAUUAUUUCUUCAUCCCCAAUUCAAGACCCUGAAUUAGUAGUAGAAGAAGUGCACAGGAGCAUUAACAAUGCAUCGGCAAGGAGGAACAUGGGAUUUCUUUCUUGUGGGAGUGGCAACCCGAUCGACGAUUGUUGGAGGUGUGAUCCGAAUUGGGAGAAGAACCGGAAGCGGCUGGCGGACUGUGCCAUCGGAUUCGGCAAGCACGCCAUCGGAGGAAGAGACGGCAAAAUAUACGUGGUGACGGACCCCGGCGACCACCCUGUUAGCCCAAAGCCAGGGACACUAAGAUAUGGUGUGAUUCAAGAAGAGCCAUUGUGGAUUGUGUUCAAGCGUGACAUGGUAAUUAAGCUUAAACAAGAGCUAAUGAUGAAUUCUUUCAAGACCAUUGAUGGAAGAGGAGUUAGUGUCCACAUUGCUGGUGGACCCUGCAUCACAAUUCAAUAUGUUUCAAACAUUAUAAUCCAUGGAAUUAACAUUCAUGAUUGUAAGCAAGGUGGGAAUGCUUAUGUUAGAGACUCUCCUUCACAUUACGGCUGGAGGACUCUUUCGGACGGCGAUGGCGUCUCCAUCUUUGGUGGCAGCCAUGUUUGGGUGGACCAUUGCUCGCUGUCGAACUGUCGCGACGGAUUAAUCGACGCCAUUCAUGGAUCUACUGCCAUUACCAUCUCCAAUAACUAUAUGACUCACCAUAACAAGGUUAUGCUUUUGGGACAUAGUGAUACUUUCACUCAAGAUAAGAAUAUGCAAGUUACCAUUGCCUUUAACCAUUUUGGAGAAGGCCUAGUUCAGAGGAUGCCAAGAUGUAGGUAUGGGUAUUUCCAUGUUGUGAACAAUGACUAUACUCAUUGGCAAAUGUAUGCCAUUGGAGGAAGUGCUGCACCAACUAUCAACAGCCAAGGCAACAGAUUUCUUGCUCCUAAUGACAAUACCUUCAAAGAGGUGACAAAGCGUGAGGAUACACCACAAAGUAAAUGGAAGAAUUGGAAUUGGAGGUCUAAUGGAGAUUUAAUGUUAAAUGGUGCAUUCUUUACCCCAUCAGGAGCAGGUGCAUCUUCAAGCUAUGCAAGAGCUUCAAGUUUAGCAGCCAAAUCUUCUUCUCUUGUUGCUUCUAUCACUGCUUCAGCUGGAUCUCUUAAAUGUAGAAAGGGAUCACGCUGUUGAAUUUUUAUAUACGGUGACUAUUUUUGUAAAGACAUCUUCAUAUGAUAUUGCAAAC